GGAAGUGGCUGGGCCUGAACUUGGCGCGGUGCCCGACCCAGGAGCUUGGGCAUCCCCUCCCUAGCCAUCAGCUUGGCCUUCCGAAGCCACUUGUAGAGGCCCAGAGACCUUCCCCCCCCCCCCCCCUUCUGCCAUCUCUUCUGUGCUCUGAGCCCUGGUGACCUGUGGCCGGCAGCCUAGGAGGUGGCACCCACAAACUGGUGUUUUGAGAGUUGGUCGUUUGUUUUUCUUCCCCCCCCCCCCCUUCCCCCCUUGAGAAUUGGACCGAUCUCCCUUCAUCACCCGGAAAGCGGGAAGAGACACUCGCUCCUGCCCUUCUUGUCUCUGACUUCUUACUGAUUGGGACGUGGUGGGGCCCAUCCCAGACUGACUGCUGAGAGUCGAGGAAUUGCUGAGAUUCUGCACCCGUGCAGGCCCUGUAACCUAGACAAUUUGUUUACAGAAAGUUCAGGAGCCCUGGAAAGGCCAAGGACUAAGACGCCAGGAGGAAGAGAGAGAGAGGGUAGAAUGGAAGAAUCUCACUUCAAUUCUAACCCGUACUUCUGGCCUUCCAUCCCCACCGUCUCAGGACAGAUCGAAAACACGAUGUUCAUCAACAAGAUGAAGGACCAGCUGCUGCCGGAGAAGGGCUGUGGGCUGGCCCCGCCCCACUACCCCACCCUGCUCACCGUCCCUGCCUCAGUCUCCCUCCCCUCGGGCAUCAGCAUGGACGGGGAGGCCAAGUCGGAGCAGCUGACCCCGCACAGCCAGGCGCCGGCCACCCAGAACAUCACGGUGGUGCCCGUGCCUUCCACCGGACUCAUGGCUGCCGGCGUCUCCUGUUCGCAGCGGUGGAGAAGAGAAGGGAGCCAAUCAAGGGGUCCGGGUCUCGUGAUCACGUCUCCCUCCGGAUCUCUUGUGACCACAGCCUCCUCCGCUCAGACCUUCCCCAUUUCGGCUCCCAUGAUAGUCUCCGCUCUCCCCCCCGGCUCCCAAGCCCUGCAGGUGGUCCCCGAACUGUCCAAGAAAGCGGGGUCCACUCUCCCGGAGGAAGGUGGCGGCGGCGGCGGCGGCGGCGGCGGUGGCGGUGGUGGUGGCGGUGGUGGUGGCGCCCCCCCCAAGGCGCCCCGGGGCCGUAAGAAGAAGCGGAUGCUGGAGUCGGGGCUCCCCGAGAUGAGUGACCCGUAUGUCCUCGCCCCCGAGGACGACGGACACCAGAAAGACGGCAAGACCUACAGGAGCGAAGGGAACUGCGGCACAGGAAGUGGACAGAGCCUUGGGCUCACGGAUACAGUUCCCGGCUCCACCACGAACUUGCUGUGUGACCCUGGGUGCCGCAUGUGCUCGCUGACCUUCUACUCCAAGUCGGAGAUGCAGAUCCACUCCAAGUCGCACACGGAGACCAAGCCCCACAAGUGCCCGCACUGCUCCAAGACCUUCGCCAACAGCUCCUACCUGGCUCAGCACAUCCGCAUCCACUCGGGCGCCAAGCCCUACAGCUGCAACUUCUGCGAGAAGGCCUUCCGCCAGCUCUCCCACCUCCAGCAGCACACACGAAUCCACACUGGGGACAGACCGUACAAAUGCGCACACCCCGGCUGUGAGAAAGCCUUCACGCAGCUCUCCAACCUGCAGUCCCACAGACGGCAGCACAACAAAGAUAAACCCUUCAAGUGCCACAACUGCCAUCGCGCGUACACGGACGCGGCCUCGCUGGAGGUGCACCUGUCCACGCACACGGUGAAGCACGCCAAGGUGUACACGUGCACCAUCUGCAGUCGGGCCUACACCUCGGAAACGUACCUUAUGAAACACAUGCGCAAACACAACCCUCCCGAUCUCCAGCAGCAAGUGCAGGCGGCGGCGGCGGCGGCGGCGGCGGCGCAGGCGCAGGCGCAGGCGCAGGCGCAGGCCUCCCAGGCCUCCCAGCCGCAGCAGCAGCAGCAGCAGCAGCCACCACACUUCCAGGCGCCUGGGGCGGCCCCCCAGGGCGGGGGUGGGGCGGACAGCACCCCCAACCCCCCGCCCCAGUGUUCCUUCGACCUGACGCCCUAUAAGACGGCCGAUCACCAUAAGGACAUCUGCCUUACGGUCACCACCAGCACCAUCCAGGUGGAACACCUGGCCAGCUCGUAGAGAUCCUCGGUGCCCCUCAGCCCUCCCUUGCAGACGCCCCUCCCCCGAGGGCGAGCAGGGGGGCCCCAGGCCCCUUGUCCCUCCGUCCCCGCGGGAGUGGCGGCAGCAUCCUCUUCUCUUGACAAACCUUGGGCCUCCGACGCAGCUCUCAUCCUCACCCCCCACCGCUCUUCAAAAGGAACCGCAGCCUUCCUCACUGGCCAAGGGGUCCGGAGCCGCAGGCGUCAUCCCGCAGCCCCUACCAAGCAGGGCUUUUCACACGGGGGCUUGGUGCUCAAGGGAAGGCUCUAGCUGUGACCGGACAGAAGCCAGUCCAGCCCCAGCCCUCGGCCUCCCUCCCUCCUCGGCCUCGGCGCUGGGGGCUGGUCGCAGGCUAGAGGCUGGCCCUCCCCCCCAGGAACAGACAAGGGGGAGCCCCAAGUGCAAGUCGCCCCCUGCCUGCCUGCCUGCGAAGAACAGAGGGUUUCCCCGUUCUCCUCAGAGUCAUCUGCCCCCCUCCCCAUGGUUCCGCUCCCUGCUGUUGCUCAUGGAGGGAGGAAUCGGGAGGCUUGGACCGCUUUUUGUUUGUUUGGGGGGGGGGCAGGGGCUGGGAGGUGGUCCCCAAGGGGCCGUGGAUUCCCUCCAGGAGGCUCAGAGAGGGAUAUGAAUUUCCUUAGAGCCUCCUUCCCCCCUCUCUCCCAAGGCCUUGUACCCCAUCCCCGUCCCAGGGCCAAGAAGCUAUGAGGAGUUUUGUCCUCUGUGACCCCCCCCCCCCCCAAGAGCCAGGGCGGUGCAAAGAAGGGAGAGUUAAGACCCCAGGACUGAACUUAAUCUCCCAUGGUGCCACGGUCAGAUGCUGGACAUGGAUUUAUAUAUAAAUAUAUAUAUAUAAAUAUAUAUAUACCCGCUCAUCACGGCCAUCUUUGUUGUAACCAUUUCUGUGUUUAUAAAUGCAUUAUCUCAGAAUUUUCA